AUGAACUUGGAUGCUUUGUUCCAACAGAUACAGUUCACAGAGAAGCAGGCAAGGGAGAAGAGGCACUUCAUCCAGCAAGCUAAGUGCGACAUAAAUAGAAGCUAUGAAAAAAUUAACCAAAGGAAAGAAGAGCUGAGCGCUGCAAAAAUGGAAUUAGAAACUAAGGCUCAGCAUCUGUCUGAAAAGCAGUUCUGCUUAGAAAUGCUGAAGAAACGUGAAGACAGCUUAGAAAAACAGAAAGCUGAACUUAUUAAUCAAAAAAGCAAUCUUCUUAAAAUCUUGGCAGAUGCAAAGAGAAAAAUGACUGAAGAGGAAGAUAAUUUUAUCAGAGAAUUAACAGAGUUUAACAAUGAGUAUGGCCUAACAAGUAAUAGAGAUCUUCUGAUUAAAAAAAAAGCCAAGACUGAAUUAAAUGAUUUAGAGAAUGAGGCAGCUCUGUUGAAAAAUGAAAUGGAGUCAAUGGAACAUAAAAAUGUUCAGUUAAAAGCACUCCAGCUGCAGAAGAAUGAAUUAACACAGGAUUUACUUACUCUCCAAAGUGAACUCAAAGACCUUGAGAAAGCAAUCAGGGAGGCUGAAAGAAUGACAGAAGAUUUAGAAGCAGAAAAAGUCCAAGUCACUGAAAAACCUCAGACUGAUCCUGAAUGCUUAAGACUUAAGAAAGAAUUGGAAAAAAGCAAAGAUGAUAGUUGGGAGAGCAUCUGUGAGACUCUUCAAACAGAAAUUGAAAUUCUGCAAAUGAACUUAUCACAAAAGAAGUCUGCAGGAAAAUGA